GUUCCAUCACAAGGUCUACAAUCGUUAUGUGAAGAGAACGAGCAAAUUCAUGGCUCAUGAUGAGAACAACGAGUGUAACAUGGGCGAUCGAUUCGUCCGUUUAUCAUAUGACAGUGGGAUGCUUUGCUUUUGAUGUUGAUCGACUGGGACAUCAACCUCAAUGAUGCCUAAAGAUACAAAAACGACAUCAGAAAUCUCCAUUCCUUCAAACAACAGUUUUACUUCAACUCAUUUAGCACUUUCAAAGCCAAACUUAUAUUCCAAUAUAUUUCUUUCCUCCCAAAUUUGCUAACUAGUUGCUGAAGAGAUUGCCCAUCAGAUUGCUGAGUUCCAUGUGUUUUGACAGAUUGAUAAAUAGCUCCAUUUGUUUUGACACAUUUAUGAAAAAAGAGAAGGGUAACUCGGCCUCCCCAUAGGCCGAGUUCAUGGAUGAGGCAAGUUACUCACUCGAGUGGAGUGGACUCGGGCGAGUCCUGUAACAUCAAUAGAUGGUCCAGUAUUUCUUAUCCUUCUCUGCGCACAACACACAUGUUGACAAAUGCUGUACCUCUGUGCUGAAGAUGAAAAAUAACAGUAGCAAGAAAGGAUAUUCAUGUUUUAAUCAUUCUCAAUCAUGAUUAUUAGUUCAUUAUCUAGAGGGUUUGUCUUAUGUAUUGAAUAUUGAAUGAAGGCGAACUCUGAGUUGGAGUGUAUUUCGUAAUUAUGAGGCAGAUAUGAGUUGGUGAAACUCCAAAGCAAUUUUUAUGCAAAAUGCUACUCUAUUACUAUUUUUCCUCUAAUAUUUACAAUACUACUGUCUUUGACUUCAUUUUCUUCUUCACUAUUUUUUACUGGAUCUUCUGCUAUUAAACAGUGAUAUCUGUUUCUUCGUUUUCUCUUAAGGAAUAAAUGAAUGAAAUCAGGAUGAUAGUUUGACUUUUAGAAGAAAGACUCAUUUCUAUGUGGUCAACCAAAAGAAGAAAAGGGUAAGAAGAAAGCGGCAACAAAAUGGGCUUAGGAACAAAGCGAAAGAAAAUGGUGAGGUUGGACCCCUCAAGACCUUUGAGCAAACAUAAACAUUGGGUUGUUGCUGAAAUAUUGAAGAAGGCUCGCAUAUAUGUGCCUCCUACACAAGUGGCCUCUAAUGCUUCUACGACAGCUAUGGGUUCUCCUUCACAAGUGGCCUCUGAUGCCUCUACAACAGCUAUGGGUUCAGUUAGCAAAACUGAAACACCCCUUUCAAUGCCCUCUCAAGGCCUUGCCCCCACAACCACAACAGCAAUAUGGAGAAAGCCCCCCAUCGGAAUACUAAAGCUAAAUGUAGAUGGGGCUAGCUCGGGCAAUCCUGGAAGGGCAGGAGGUGGAGGUAUUCUGCGAAAUCAUCAAGGAAAAUGGUUAAUAGCGUUUGCCUCUCACUAUGGCACUACUACAAAUGUUGCAGCUGAAUUUCGUGCUCUAUAUGAGGGAGUUAAACUAUGCAAAGAAGAAGGUUACAAGAAAAUAAUUCUUGAGAGUGAUUCUAUGAUGUUAGUGGAUGUGAUUACUCAUAAAAUGGUGGUUCCAUGGCAAGUCUGGACAUGGUGGGAAUCUUUUUGGAUGCUGGUUGAAAACUACGAAUGGUCCAUAACCCAUACAUUGAGGGAGGGCAAUUCAGCAGCUGAUUUCCUUGCUUCCAUGGGAAAAAACAGCCUUACCAGUGUAGUUUUCAGGCAAGGCUCAAACCCGAUUCCUGAGGAAUUGGUUGAGCUGGUCCACAAAGAUAGCCUCGCCCUUCCGGAUUCUAUACUUGAGACUGGUAACGAUGAGGAAACCGGCUAAAUGUAACUGGACAUUGUGCUUUACUUUGGGAUGGGUUGUAUGUUAAGAGUUUGUACUUUCAAAUUCCCUAAAUUUGAGAUUUCCAAUCAAGCAUAUUUGGCGUUGUACUUGUUUGGGGUAGGGUGGUCACUUAAAGAGUUUGUAAUUUUGAGCGGCAGUAAAGAUGAAGGAACCCAAAUCUAUAAUGACACUUACUAAUUUUUGGGA